AUGUUGUUGGCUGGAGGACGCUUUGGAAACCAAAAACAGGGCUCAGGCGGUGGCCGCCCAGGUCUGGGAGGGAAGCUGUUCAAGGGCGUGGCAUCAGGCAUUGGUCUCGCCUCAGAGAGUUACCAUCACCACAAAGAGAAGAAGAAUUGGAAGAAUAGAGCUGAGAUGCCAUCACAGACACAGGAACAGGCACCGGCAUCACCCGCAUAUGAAGAGCAAGCACGGCUUGCCGCCCAGGCAGAUGAAGCAGCCUGGCAGCUCGACGAGGCUCAACGGGAGCUGGAGGGAAGGGAUAAGACGUCUGGUCAGGAGGAGCCUAUGAGCGACGAACAACUGAUCCAAAUGGCCGACGAAUUCGCAAAGAAGCAUCCGAUGAGAAUAAAGAAUACAAACCCUCAGUCGAGUCCUAGGCCCCUCGAUCUGCCGGUGGUUAUCACCCAGCGACGGCCCGGCCGGCGCGACCGAGGCUUCAUGCGUGCGUACGCGCCGGUACUGAACGAAGUGGCCAUCGAUCAGGCGACGUUUCUCGAUUUCCUCGACCAUCUGAACAAGGCCGUUCAGCCAAGUCCCUGGAUCGAGGUGCUGAACUUGGCCUCCCUGGCCGGACACGCCGUGCCAGAGCCCUUCACGAUCCUCGUCUCCAUCGCUGUUCAGCAAGCGGUCAAGGCGGCGAACGAGAUUCAUAGCCGGACCAAGACCAACAGCUUUCUAGACAAGGUAAACGAGUCGUUCUUUGCCCCGCGCGGGCUCAUCGCCCUCGUUAUGACAUGGAAGCCCAGCCAAGCGGGCCAGGUGGUCACAACCGUCAACCUCGACGAAAUGGACAGCUCGAUCGCCACGGCGGCCAACCGCACCCAGGAGACGGACUCAUUCAACCGGUUCGCCAACAAGUUCGUCAGCUCGAGCGGCUCCACCUCGUUCGAAUGGCCCGAGACCGCCCCCUUGGUGUUCCCGAAGCUAGAUGAUCUGGCCAUCGCCAGUGCUGACGGCGAGGAGAAGAAGAAAAAAGCGAACUUCUUGAAGCAGUCAGGUGGCUUUGUCGAGGAGUACAUCGAUCGUCGUGCUCGGGCAGAAUGGGCGGACCAGAACCCAGACAGCGCGACGGCCAACGCCGCACCCAAGGAAGAGUUCCACUCGCGAUACGCUGACCCAAGCCACCCGGCUAGCAACGGGGACCCUCUCGCCCUGUUGACAGGAGGGUAUCUGCAGAGUCCUGUAGGUAGAGGCUUAGACUCUCUCGGCGGGGGUCUUGGUGGUGGUGACGGUCUAGGUAGUCGUCUUGGCUCUCUCGGUGCUCGAGGCCGUCUUACCGAUAGACUUGGAUAUCGGGAUAUUAGAGGGGGGUAUCCCUCCAGAAGUCAAGGCCAAGAUGGAAACGAACAAUAUACUCGAUCAGGCCCGUCUAUGGACUUGCGCGGGGCAGGGCUUGGAGGCAUAGUCGGAGGAACAGGGUUAGCCGGUGGGGGAAUCAAGAUGGCAAGAAAGUUUUUCGAAAAGGAUAUCUUGUAUCUGAUGGUUGUGCAACGGCCGACAGAGGAGGAAAUGGCGCGGGCGACUGCUUACUUGCAGAGAAUGAAUCAUUAG